UUAUGAAUUAGCUACAAGCGAUUAUAGCCCAGUUCAAGUCGGAUUUAGAAGACCAGCUGUUUGUCUAUUAACGACUGUAACUCAAAUGUUGGCUGGUUUCCGACAGCGGAGGAGCUUCAUCCACACAACAUUGUGUCACAGCGUUAGCACCUAUUAGCAGUGAUUACUAAGGAAACCAGCGAGUAAAGGCUACUCUGUGUCAACUUAGCAACACGGAUAGCAACAACUUAAGACACUGGUAAUGUUAGAAAAGUGAAUAACAAAGGCGGCAUAUGUCAUGGGAAUAAGACUGGUGUUAAUUUUAAAGCAACACUUAGUUAGCACUGCUGGAUAAUAACUGUCUGGGAUUACAAAGACUGUGGCUUUAAACUACACUAAAUGGACAUUACUUUCUGAUUGUUGUAGGCUAUGAGUGUGGGUGAUGGAGGACGGUCAAUGUGGAGACUUCCUGAUCCAAGAUGAGGACACCCUCAUUGAGGGUGUCAGCAACCAGGUCUUGUUUGUUGUUGUUCUCAGCAUCACCUUCCUUGCAGGCCUCCUCACUCUGCUCUGCAGACAAGAGGAGCAGAACAUUCACCCUGAGAAUCAGGAGCAUGUUCGAGCCGUCCGGCAACAGCUCCAAACAGAGCAGGAUGAAAAUAGCCAGGCGGAGGCCAGGCAACAGUAUUACACAGACAUGUCUUGUCCAGUGUGUUUGCAGCAGGCUGUUCUGCCGGUGGAAACAAAUUGUGGACACCUUUUCUGCGGCUCCUGCAUCAUAGCGUACUGGAGGUAUGGCACCUGGCUGGGUGCUAUUAACUGCCCCAUCUGCAGACAAAUGGUCACUUUGCUUUUCCCGCUGUUCCAUGAGAACGCAACUCCUCAGAGGGUCCAGGAUGGCGAGGCAGAACCGCUGCUGAUUUUAAGAGACAUUAACGAUUACAACCGCAGGUUCUCAGGCCAACCAAGAUCUUUUAUGGACCGGCUGCGAGAUGUGCCCACCCUGCUGCGUCACGCCUUUAGGGAGAUGUUUUCUGUGGGGGGCCUCUUCUGGAUGUUCAGGAUUCGAAUCCUUCUCUGCCUGGUCGGAGCACUCACCUACCUGGUGUCCCCGCUGGACAUUCUCCCAGAGGCACUUUUCGGUCUCCUGGGAUUCAUGGACGACUUCUUUGUCAUCCUGCUUCUCUUUGUGUACAUCUCCAUCAUGUACAGAGAGGUGGUAACACAGAGACUGAACGGCUAGAUGCUCGCUCAUUAACAAGGCCUUAGGUUUUCUCAGGAAGAGGUAGAACCCAGCAUCUGAGGAUGUGAUGGGAAAAAAAAGACUCACAAAGAAAGAACUGAGUAAAUGCUCUUAAGGACAGAUACUCGACAAGACCGGUCUUCCAAGAGAGGUUCACCUUGAAACCAGGGAUGUUUCUUCAUCACUGGAGAGUGAAUAUAAGCCUCAUCUCUGCAAUGACUCUAUAUAAGGAAUUCAAUCUUUCAUCGAUGGCUUAAUAAAUGUUCUGUCAAAGUGGACAACAACACAGCAUGGGGGUGGCUGUAAACGAAUGUGGUGUUGUGUAUACCUACUUUGAACCACUUUGUGUAUCCAGGGAACUCUUUUUUGAUGAACUGAAUGCUUCAGCCAAUUGGAUGACAGAGUUUUCCUGACUUUGGACGAUGUGCAUAUCAACAUAAUAGAGACCACAGUAAUGUAACGUAAUGUGAACUUGAACUUACUGUAUCGAUGGCAGUGUCUUGAUUAUAUGCAUUUAAACCUGGCUGUCUGCAUCCAAAGUGUCGACUGUCUUAACAGAUUCAUGUAACUCGAACCAUCUUGCUGUUAUUACAAGCUUUGUGGUCAAUUCACCUGAUCACGCACCUAUGUAAGGAACAUGUGCUUAUAAAGAUUCAUAAUGACAUGAAAAACGCA